AGUAGCCAAACACAAAUCUCCCACAAUAAUAACUCAGGCAACAUGAAUGUUCCUCAUGUUUCGAGUGAUUCUGAUGAUGAUCGACCGGUGAUAAGGCUUUUUCAUAGGCAGAAACCAGUUCAUAAGAUCCUGGGUGGCCGGAAAGUUGCGGACAUCAUGCUAUGGAGGGACAGGAAUUUAUCGGCCGGGAUCCUUGCAGGCGCCACAUUGAUAUGGUUCCUAUUUGAUGUGGCUGAAUACAACUUAGUAACACUCCUUUGCCACAUUGCACUCCUUGGGAUGCUUGUGCUCUUCAUUUGGUCCAAUGCUGCACCUCUCUUUGACAGGGCACCUCCACGGAUCCCAGAAGUGAUUGUUUCUGAACAUGCCUUCAGAGAACUUGCACUGACAUUGCAUUCCAAAGUGGCGCACUUUUCAGCAGUCCUGUAUGACAUUUCAUGCGGGAAAGAACUCAGGAAGUUCCUUGCGGUGAUAGGAUCUCUGUGGAUAUUGGCAGUUAUUGGAGAGACAUGCAGUUUCACAACUCUACUAUAUGUUGGGUUUUUGUGUGCUCUCACUUUGCCUGCGCUGUAUGAAAGAUAUGAGACUGAAGUAGACCAUUUGGUUGCCAAAGGUGGUCAAGACCUCAAGAAAUUCUACAAGAAGAUUGAUUCCAAUGUGCUGAAUAAGAUACCAAGGGGGCCUGUCAAGACAAAAGUUCACUAAGAUAUACUACAAGAGAUAUCAAUGCAUAUAAAUAGCUUCAUAAAUAAAAGAAAUGUUGGUUUGAUGGAAAGUGAGCUUAGAGCUCCAUUUCAGUUAUGGCUUACAAGAUCAUAUACUCUCGAUAUAUUUUAUUGUGAAUUAUGAGAUCAAUUAACAAUUGUAUAUGUCAAA